CCCGGCUGCCCGGAUCCUCGCGAGACUUGGCCGGUUUGCAGCAUGGCGGCGCAGCGCGGGGAGGCCGCGGGCCCGCGGGGGUCGGGCGGGGAGUCCGGUCCCGGUCCCGGUCCCGGUCCCAUCCCCGGCGGCGUCGAUCAGCUCGUCAAGCAUGUUUUGGGGACAGUGGUAGCAGCCACAAAAGCCUCCAAUGGACUUCCUCAAUUUGGUGAUGAGUUUGAUUUUUACCGGAGUUUCCCAGGAUUUCAGUCAUUCUGUGACAUGCAAGCUGAUCGACUCCUGAGUUGCAUGAGUCAGCUUAUGCAGUUCCACAACUGUAGGAGUCAGAUCAGAGGACACAACAAGGUGACAGAACUGGAAGACAAAUUUGACUUGCUGGUGGAUGCAAACGAUGUCAUCCUGGAACGUGUGGGGAUUUUGCUGGAUGAAGCUUCCGGUGUGAACAAGAAUCAACAGCCUGUUCUUCCAGCAGGACUUCAGCCUCCAAAAACCAUCGUCUCAAGCUGGAAUCGAAGGAAUACAGAAUCUAAAAGAUCAAAAUCUGAAACGUUCCGCUUGUUUCACGCUAAAAACAUCCCACGACCUCAGAUGAAGUUCAAGGAGAAAGUUGACAACUCCAAUACUCCUUUUGUGCCAAAACUGUUCAUCAAGCCCAAUGCCCUGAAACCACUCCCAGAAGUGCUUUCGAAUAGACGGAGUCGACUGGAAAGGCCGGAGGAUCUUGAUGUGCCAGCUGCAUUGGCUGACUUCAUCCAUCAACAGAGGACUCAGCAAAAUGAGCAGACCAUAAGUUUACAUCCUUAUCAAUAUGAGCUUAAUCACUUUGAACCAGCAGAGACUGUACUUGUCAAACAGGAGCCACAGAUGUACAAAGCUUUGUCAGAGACCAACUUACAGCUAAUCAAAACCUUUGAUGAACUGGUGGAAGUGAAUGAAAAGCUCUUAAAGUGCAAAGAGAUUGCUGUGGAUUUGGAGCACCAUUCAUACCGAAGUUUCUUGGGAUUAACCUGCUUAAUGCAGAUAUCAACAAGGGAAGAGGAUUUUGUCAUUGAUACACUUGAACUACGCAGUGAAAUGUACAUUCUCAAUGAAGUCUUCACUGAUCCUUCCAUUGUUAAGGUUUUCCAUGGUGCAGAUUCAGAUAUUGAGUGGUUACAGAGAGAUUUUGGCCUCUACGUUGUCAAUAUGUUUGAUACACACCAAGCUGCCCGAACUCUCAACCUGGGCCGACAUUCCCUGGAUUACCUGUUGAAAUACUACUGUGAUGUGCAGGCUGAUAAACGAUAUCAACUGGCUGACUGGAGAUUACGACCACUGCCUGAUGAGAUGUUGCGUUAUGCACAAGAAGACACUCAUUACUUGCUGUACAUUUACGACAAGAUGAAGAAUCAAUUAUGGGAACAAGGGAAUGAACGCGCGAAUCUCAUUCAGCUGGUAUGGCAGAAGAGUAAAGAUAUUUGUCUCAAGAAAUACUGCAAGCCAAUUUUUACUGAAGAAUCCUACCUUGAGCUGCACAGGAAGCAGAAAAGGCAUCUGAACAUACAGCAGCUUACAGCAUUAAGACUGCUCUAUGCCUGGAGGGACAGGAUUGCACGACUGGAGGACGAAAGCACAGGCUACGUCUUGCCCAACCACAUGCUGAUCAAAAUAGCAGAGGAGCUACCAAAAGAGCCUCAGGGAAUCGUAGCUUGCUGCAACCCCACUCCUCCACUAGUUCGCCAGCAGAUCAAUGAACUGCAUCUCCUGGCCCAACAGGCACGAGAUAUGCCUCUUCUUAAGACAGAAUCAACCCCAUUGCCACAGAAGACAGGUCCACUCGUAAAGGCAGAUAAUGCUGAGAAUCCGCUCUUUGGACCUCAUGACAGUUCCCACCUCUCGGAUGAAGUCCAAGUUAUUCAUGGCUCAGUACCACUGAUGCAAACCAGUAAAUUGUUUCCAGAUCUGGAAGAUAAUGAGACCUUGUCACUCUGUACCACCAAACCAAUCAUCACAAUAUUUGAUGAUUGUGUUCCAAAUAAAAAAGACUGUGAAACAUGCACAGGGGCACAAAAGAAAGCAAAAGCCAUUUUGGAAUCAUUUGAAAACCCUUUCAGAAUGUAUUUGCCUUGCAAGGACAGUAACGCAUACAUCUCUCAAGCUGCAAAGUUUGACCCUUCCACCAAGAUAUAUGAGGUGAGUAACAGGUGGAAGUUGCUAAGCCAGGAAUGCUUACAGAAGGAGUUCAAGCAGCAAGAGAAAACCAAGAAAGUGAAAGAAACUCCAAAACCUGCAGUUGAGCGACAACAGGUACAACAGGAUUAUGUUUCUGCAGUACAAGAGAUCCCCUCAGUCAGACAGCAGGCUGCGAUGACGGCAGGCCAGCAAAUGCCGAAGCGGGAGCAACCAAAGAGCAGACCAGGAGGUGAGACAGCACCUCCGGAAAAGAAGCCUAAACUGGGGACUGAAAAGCCAAAAACUCCCAAAAAUUACAAACCAUUCGAUUACAGCAAGUCUGAUUUCAAAGUAUUUGCAGCUGGAAGCAAGUCCAAGGAAACAACCCAGUUUGAUCCCAAUCUUCAAGCAGAUGCGCCUCAAACUAAGAAAACAGGAAAGAAGAACCGUCAGUCUGCAGGAAGCAAGAGUAUGUCUUUCACCAGCAAAUCAGAAAGAGGUUUCAGACACAGUCGGCCAGCAAGAUAGAAAAUUGGGCUUGGAAUGCGCUAAACUGAACAGAGGCACCUUUUCUGUCAAGGCUAUUACUGUUUCCACGUCAAUAUUACGUAUUUGAUUGCUUUUAACUUCUGGGAUAUUGUUGCACUAUGUGAAAAGCAUUUUACAAUAAAUCUUUUGCGAAAUUGUUAA